AUGUCAGCAGGACGUCUGAUGUUAGGACUAGGGUAUGGUGUGUUGUCCAUGACAACAGGACGUCUGAUGUUAGAUCUAGGACUAGGGACGUCUGAUGUUAGAUCUAGGACUAGGGUAUGGUGUGUAGUCCACGUCAACAGGUCGCCUGAUGUUAGAUCUAGGACUAGGGUAUGGUGUGUAGUCCAUGACAACAGGACGUCUGAUGUUAGAUCUAGGACUAGGGUAUGGUGUGUAGUCCAUGACAACAGGACGUCUGAUGUUAGAUCUAGGACUAGGGUAUGGUGUGUAGUCCACGUCAACAGGACGUCUGAUGUUAGAUCUAGGACUAGGGUAUGGUGUGUAGUCCAUGACAACAGGACGUCUGAUGUUAGAUCUAGGACUAGGGUAUGGUGUGUAGUCCAUGACAACAGGACGUCUGAUGUUAGAUCUAGGACUAGGGUAUGGUGUGUAGUCCAUGUCAGCAGGACGUCUGAUGUUAGAUAUAGGACUAGGGUAUGGUGUGUAGUCCAUGACAACAGGACGUCUGAUGUUAGAUCUAGGACUAGGGUAUGGUGUGUAGUCCAUGACAACAGGACGUCUGAUGUUAGAUCUAGGACUAGGGUAUGGUGUGUAGUCCAUGACAACAGGACGUCUGAUGUUAGGACUAGGGUAUGGUGUGUUGUCCAUGACAACAGGACGUCUGAUGUUAGAUCUAGGACUAGGGUAUGGUGUGUUGUCCAUGACAACAGGACGUCUGAUGUUAGGACUAGGGUAUGGUGUGUUGUCCAUGACAACAGGACGUCUGAUGUUAGAUCUAGGACUAGGGUAUGGUGUGUAGUCCACAACAACAGGACGUCUGAUGUUAGGACUAGGACUAGGGUAUGGUGUGUAGUCCAUGACAACAGGACGUCUGAUGUUAGGACUAGGGUAUGGUGUGUAGUCCAUGACAACAGGACGUCUGAUGUUAGGACUAGGUUAUGGUGUGUAGUCCAUGACAACAGGACGUCUGAUGUUAGAUCUAGGACUAGGGUAUGGUGUGUAGUCCAUGACAACAGUACUGAGGUAUCUUGUACAAUUCAGGUUGAAGUAAUUCUACUAGAUCUUAAAUACAAUAUGACAGGAUAAGCAUGUGGUUGACAAGGAAGAAAUCACCAAACAUUUAUUACAAGACAAAUGGUCCUUGUAUUAUAUCACAAUCAAUUACCAUUAUAGUACAUGGCGGAGAACCCACAACUUGGGCCAGCAAAAUGAAAGAAAGAGUUUUUGCACUUGUUACAUAUAAAUUAACUACAUCUAGCCUACCGACAGGUAGUUCAGUUUGCCAGUGUGCAAUUUAUCUAGAGAGAAUUAAUCUGCCUUUACCAAGUAAGACUUUAAAACAUUUCUUAUGAAAACCUGGAGAUAGCACUAAUCAGAAUGUUAUGCUGCAUAAUAUAAUGUAUGCAAUGGCAUGCACAAUACUUUGGAAAGACAUACUGCAUAAAUCUUUUAAUUACAUUAAUCUCAAUACAUGUAUUUGGUAUGGCAUUGGAUAUCGUACCUAAAUUGUUUACUUAGCCUCUAUAUCAAAGAUACAAUUUGAAAUUACAUUUUAGUUCUAAUUUUGAUCAUUACACUGUUAUCAGGCCUAACUAACCAAUAAAUCGUAAGUUUCCGACACAUGGUCCGUAUAUAUAUCAUGAUGAGACAUGCAUUAUAAAUCGUGGGUUGGGUUUAAUGCCAAGUUCCUAUGUGCACUGUGGUAUUUCAACAAUGUCAAAUAAAUAGAUAUGACAUUUCAGCUUUCUGUGACUAGAAACAAAAUUAUAAAUGUGAUGGGUUAUUUUCUACUACAUGUAUUUUGAAAACCUCUGUAUGUAGCAUUAGAGGGUUUUCACAGAACUUGAUAAGCAUCGUAGCUGAAUUUUUGCCUGUUAUAUUUGGCAUGUCUUCAGAUCCAGCUGCAGUCAAAAGCAAAUAUAUAAAAAUAAAUAUUUAUUUAAA